GGGAGUUUGACUUUCCUGGGCGGGUGCCUCACUCAGGGAGGAGCGUCACGUCUCGAGACACUUCCACCCAGGUGGUGCCAUCCUCAGGCCAUGGAGUCUGCUGGCUGAUGGGCUCUCAGCUUCACGUCUGGUGGCUGUGAUUCUCGGGUGCAGCAGGGUGGCCGUGGGUGCCCAGAAAGGCUUGGUGUACCCUUGGCGGGCAGCUCUCCCUCUGCCUCGCUGUCCUGAGGCUGGUUUGGGGCAGCCUGUCAGGGUUGCUGCGGUGUGAAGGCGCCAUUCUCCCCCAUGGGGAGACGGACCUCGACAGGGUCUGAGACUGGCUCCCUGGGGCCCGCGAGGAGUGUCGUGUAGCCCGGGCACGCCUCCUCACCAGCACGGAUUAGAAGGCGUGGGGAGCGUGUGCGUGAGGACACAGAUGUGGGUGCUGUGUGUUCGUGGGGGGUGCUGGGCGAGGCAUGUGCACGCAUGUGGAGGUGGCGUCAAGCUGCAAUGUCUGUGCGGAGCCCGGGCCACCGUCACGCGGGACUCAGAUGCCCCGUGUGCGCACUGUAGGGGCAGCCUAUGCUGACGCCCGACACGCACUUAUGGGAGCCCCAGGAAUGUCAUCAUCCCACAUCCCCUCCCUGGUUGGGUCUUGGGGCAUGGCCCUCGCUGUCUCCUCCUCCCUCUAUUCCUCUCCCCACUCCGUCCCUCUCCCUUGGCAGAAACAACUCACCUGCCACCCAUAGAGUUGGGUCCCUGCCCCACGGCACCUGCCACCCUUCCUGCCUCAGACGGGCUGAGGUCUCAGCGCCCCUCUCAGAGGGCCUGCGGGGCACUGGGAAGGCGGUAAGCUGGGGUGGUGGGGUGUCACUCUUGGGACCUGGCCUGCCAUGACUGAGACAGGGGCGCCCCACUUGGGGUCUGAGGAGGGGGUCGUCUCCCUCUAGCCCUUCGUGCACUCGUCAGUCUGGGUGGAUGGUCCCCUGCUGUCCUCUCAGUGCCACGCCAGGCACAUGCCUCACGCUGGGCUGGGAACAGGCUGGUCAGCCUUUGCUGACUGACACCUUGUCCUUGGGGGCGGUGCCCCUGCCUCCACACUCCCCUGAGGCCGGGUCUAGGCUGCUGCCCUGUUUAAAUCUAGGGCAGCGGUUCCAGUGAGGGCAAGGAGGAGCCCGCGUGGGCUGCGGGGCCUCAGGGCUGCGGGCGGGCACUUCCUCCUGAGAUGCUGUCUCCCAGCGCCCUGGCUUCUGUCCGGAGAUGUGUUAUACCUUGUGCUCUUCUUAAUACACAGCAGCCAAAACGUGAGCCCCUGCAGGUGGGUCCCUGAGUGCUGUUGGCCGCCACAUCCUCCUGCCUGACACAGCCUGGCCCGGCGGAGGGAGGAAGGAUGCACCAAGGGAUGAAUGAAGGAAUGGGCCUGGGCAGAGGGCUCCUCGGCUCUCUCCUGGGUGACAGGAGUGGCCCUGGGGGCCUUUCCCGCCCGGCAGGCCCUGCAGGAGAAGAGGCGGCCCAGGGGAUAGUGCGAGGCUGGCCGCCUACAACUGGCGUGUGCUCUGUCACAGGAGGUCUCCCCUGGGCUCCAUCUCAGGGACAGGGCCCGUGUGACGUGUCUGUAAAAGCCUCCAUCCCUGGUUAUUCUGACGUGGAGCCAGGACAGGAGCUGUGGAUUGACCCGCCCCCCCGCCCCGGCAGAGCUUCCCGCAUGUUGCCCCGAGUAGGUGGGUCCCUUGGGUUAGUUCCAGCAGCUGGGGCCGCUCGCUGGGGAGCCCAUGCUGUGCUCGAUGGCCUGGCGAGCCCCUUGCCCAGCCAGGGCGCCCCUCUGUGGGGUCUCACUCCGGGGAUCCCUUAGCCAGUGAGAGAGGGUGUGGGGUGUGGGGCGCUGUUGUCCCUGAAGUCCCAGAGAGGCCCUUCUGGAGCCCACCCUGAGGGGCAUCUGCCUUCCCGGCCGCCUCUCCUCUCUGUCCCUUUUCUUCGAGCCCUAGUGAGAGGGGCCUGUGCUGCCCCUGCCCUCCCAGGAGAGGCCCAGCCACUGCCACGCAGCCGCCCCAGAUGAGGCCUGCAGGGGUGGGGGCCCAGCACGUCCCCAGGUGUCUGCAGCAGGCCUGAGCACUCACUGCCCUGUGGCUAAGGGCCUGUUAAGGGCAUUGGCGAAGAGCAGGUGGGUCCUCACGGGAGCUUGCGCUUCGAGCCGCACACCCAGCCUGCGCCAGGCCUCAGUGCUCCUUCCUCCAGGCAGAGCCAGGCCCUUGUGACCCCACAGAUCCCCCUGGGAGGCCCAGGCCACAUCCUCACGCUGCAUCAGCUCUGCCUACAUCAGAUACACACGGUGGCGUCAGCUUGGCUGACCUGGCUGCGGACGGCACCGUCCCUCUCCCCCACCCUCCCAGCUUUGGGGUUCUUGGCCAGGCUUCCCCACCCAGUCCUCUGUUCUCGUGGUGGACAUGGGCAGAGCCCUUUGUCGGGGGCAGACCAGCCUGCACCCAGUUCCGCUCCAUGGGCACCUCUGCCGAGCGUGGCUCCCACUCAAGCCCUCCCUGGCUCCUCCCUGUCCUCCCCUCCUCUCACCUGCUCCUCCCUUGCCCUCCCCUUCUCUCACCUCCCCUCCCCUCCCCUCCUCUCACCUGCUCUCACCUGCUCCUCCAUUGCCCAGGAUUUGGCUGCCAAAGAGGAGUCUGAGAAAUGCCUGGGCCCUUUCCCCACAAGGUGCUCCCGUGUGGAGUGAAGUUCAGGAGUCUGGGGCCGUUGUAUUUGUUCUGUGUCCAGCUUAUAACUGUGGGAGACGCAGGUGUCUUGAGUGACCCUGGAUGACGUGGAACUGACCGCUGGUGAGCCUGCUCUGUGUGCUGGGCACCCCGCAGCUGCAUUCACUGAGACCCACUUCUCUGAGCUCUCUAGUGCUGCCCAGCAUGGAGGCCACAGCACAUGGCUCCUGACCCCAGAGCGUGGCCCAUCCACAUGGAGAUGAGCGUAAACCACAGUGAGAGUCCAAAACAGGCAUCCAUAGCCCACACUGGUUCUGUCCACAUCCACACCCGUGGCCCACGCUGGUUCUGUCCGCGUCCACACCCGUGGCCCACGCUGGUUCUGUCCGCGUCCACACCGGUGGCCCACGCUGGUUCUGUCCGCGUCCACACCCGUGGCCCACGCUGGUUCUGUCCGCGUCCACACCCGUGGCCCACGCUGGUUCUGUCCGCGUCCACACCCGUGGCCCACGCUGGUUCUGUCCACGACCACACCCGUGGCCCAUGCUGGUUCUGUCCGCGUCCACACCCGUGGCCCAUGCUGGUUCUGUCCGCGUCCACACCCACGGCCCAUGCGUGGGUCUCUCCGCGUCCACACCCACGGCCCAUGCGUGGGUCUCUGUGCAUCCACACCAAUGCGAUGAUGUUUUCUAUAUGUUGAGUCACAUAAGAUGCAUCAUCAAGAGUCCUUUAUGUUUUUCUCUUACCUUUUCUGUGUGGUUGUGAGAGGACUGGAAACAUCAGUGGCUCACGUGAUGCUCCUGAUGGGCAGGGUUCCUGUAGGCCAGAGCCGGCAGACGUUCCUUCCAGGGCCAGGUGGGGACAGUGUCGGCUUUGUGGUCCUCAGGGGUCUCUGCCCCCACAGCUCAGCUCUAGUCAUGCUCCGUGGGGGAGGCCUGAGCAGCAGGUGACUUGUGGGGUCACAGGCAGUCAGGGCUGAUGCUGCUCAGUCCCACCAUGCCCCCGUCCCUGGGAGGAAGGCAAUCCAGACGAACAUUCUUGCUGCCCAGGGGACGUGGCUGGUCUGACCAGAGCUCCCAUCCCACACCCUGUGGUGUUUGGGCCCCUCCGGCCUCCAAAGCUGUAUGCUGCGUGUCGCUCUCAGGGGUGGGGAGCCCCGCCCGCCACAAGCCCUGGGCACCCACUGGCCUGGCUGUGCUGCAAGGAUGCAACCCCUGCCCCGCGCCCCACCCCAGCUCCACCCCAGCCACUGGCCCUUGUGUCCAAGGGACUCAUUUGGAAGCUAGGAGAAGGGUUAGUGGGUGACGGCAGAUCCGGGGGUGGGGGCCAGGGGCUGACUGCUGGUCACCUGCACAGCCAGAAAGCCAAGCGGAUGCCCACCUUGGCGCAGAGCCUGGCCCAGCGGGCGAGGGGAGACGGUACAGGCAUCUUCUCUGACGCUGACCGGGACUUGCCUCUUCUGAAAUGGGAAGCAGCCAGCCUCUUUCUUGCAGUGGGUGCUCUUGGGCUGUUUAACUCCUCCCCUUGGCCCACGGGAGUAAGACGGCCUCCCCAGAGCACGGGUGUCCCCCACCAGAGGCCUGGCCAGCCUCCCCGGUCCCUCUGGGUCACCCAUCUCCUCUCGGGCCCCUGAGGUUUCUUUGGAUCAGGGAGGCUCUCACUCUGGAAGGCUCCAGAAGGGUGUGUGGGUAGGACUGUGGUGCCGUGCGGGUCCUACUGGUGUGGCUGCGUGGUGCCUCAGUGCCCUCUUCCUGAGGCUGUUCCGUGAGGGCUGCCCCUGCUCCGCGGUGCUCCCUCCCCUUCUUAUCCCUUCAAUCCUUUUCUUCUACAAUGAAGCAACAUUGUGUCAUUUCUCACUGAAGACAAAACCCUCUUUGAAGACCAACGACCAUCCCACCGUGGGUGGUCGGUGGUCGAUGUGGGUCUUCAGGAGCAGAGAAGGUGCACUGGUUAUGGGAUGGGAGGCCGCUGCCACGCGGCUCCCAGCUCCCGGCCCCGCGUGCCGGGGGCUGCAGCUCUGCUAAUGCUGGCCCCUCGCCCCGUUGGGAGCCCUGGCCAUGGGGGCCCUGGGUGGGCGCUGCAGGACGCCUGCUGCGGGUCAGGCACAGGCCCCAGGUGCCUGUCCCACCAGGCCACUGGCGCUGGGGAGCCCGCCCAGGGCCCGCGGACUUCGUUCCCGUGAGUCAUGCUGUUUCUUCUCUUUCUUUUUAUUCUCUCUCUGUGUUUAUUUUUGUUGGUGUCCCGUGCCUUUGACCAGCUCGGCCGCCCUGCCUCCGGCUUGGGUGCUGUCCUCCCUCCAUGCCGCACCUUGCCUGCUGGCCACAUGUGACCUGGCCUGGCUCUCAGCGUGGCCGCCGUCGUGGGGGCCAUGGGGAGCUCCGCCUCCUCGCUAGCCGCCGAGACCGAGUCGGACCAUGGCUUCCCUGGGGGACCAUCCUACCCAGGGCCCCCGGCAGCGGCUGGCUGGUGUAGGAGCGGCCCCGGGGGGCCAAUCUGGGGUGGUGCCCUGGUCACCCGGCAGCACCAGCCCCCACGCGCCCGGGCCCGAAGCCACACACACUCACCUGGGUCCAUGGCCGCAGUUGGGGAGUGGUCCUGUGCACGCUGCACCUUCCUGAACCCGGCUGGCCAGCGCCAGUGUUCCAUCUGCGAGGCCCCCCGGCACAAGCCCGACCUCGACCAGAUCCUGCGGCUCAGCGUGGAGGAGCAGAAAUGGCCCUGCGCCCGCUGCACCUUCCGGAACUUCCUGGGCAAGGAGGCCUGCGAGGUGUGUGGCUUUGCCCCGGAGCCCGGGCCCGGUGCCUCCCUGCUGCCUGUCAUCAAUGGGGUCCUGCCCAAGCCACCCACCGUCCUGGUGGAGCCCAAGGGCAGCUGCAAGGAGGAAGCGGGUCCAGUGCAGACAGCAGGACUGGCGGCCGAGGAACCAGCCGGGGGGCGGCCGGAGGAGGAGGAAGAGGAGGAGGAGGAGGGAGCAGCAGAGCCUGGGAGCGGCUGGGCCUGCCAGCGCUGCACGCUGCACAACACGCCGGUGGCUAGCUCUUGUUCUGCCUGCGGGGGCCCCCGGAAACUCUCACUGCCCAGGAUCCCUCCUGAGGCCCUGGUGGUCCCUGAAGUCAUGGCCCCCGCUGGCUUCCAUGUCACACCUGCCCCACCCCAGCCUGGUGAAGGCACCGAGGCCGACCCUCCCUCUGCUGCUGCCCAGGAGCCCCCGCGGGGGCUGCCCUUCAGCCCCUUCUCACCCACCCUGCAGAACAACCCUGUGCCUCGCAGCCGCCGCGAGGUCCCUCCUCAGCUGCAGCCACCUGUGCCUGAGGCCGCCCAGCCCUUGCCUUCUGCAGGCUCCAAGGGGCCCCCCCAGGGCCCAGGGUGGGCUGGGGCCGGGGCCUCCCGCCUGGCAGAGCUGCUGUCAGGCAAGCGGCUGAGCGUGCUGGAGGAGGAGGCGGCUGAGGGCAGCCCCGCAUUGCGUCAGUGCGGCUCCUGCUCCGCACCUGGCCCCGCGAGCUCUGCCCGCUGUGAGGCCUGUGGCACCACACCGGGCAGUGAUGUCAUCGACCUGGCUGGUGACACCGUGCGCUACACACCAGCCAGCCCCUCCAGCCCCGACUUUACCACCUGGUCGUGCGCCAAGUGUACGCUCAAGAACCCCACAGCGGCCCCCAGGUGCACGGUGUGCGGCUGCUCCAAGCUGCAUGGCUUCCAGGAGCACGGCGAGCCCCCCGCCCGCUGCCCCGACUGCAGCGCUGACAAGCCUGGCCCCUGCUUGACCCACAAGGCCGGCUGCCUCCUCCCUGUGGCGCCGCCCGAGCGCUCAUGCCAGUGGGCCUGCCCUGCCUGCACUCUGCUCAACGAGCCCCGGGCCAAGCACUGUGUCGCCUGCCAUACGCCCCAGCUCCUGGUGGCCCAGCGCCGGGGUGCCGCACCCCUGAGGCGCAGGGAGAGCAUGCACGUGGAGAAGCGGCGGCAGACAGAUGAGGGCGAGGCCAAGGCCCUCUGGGAGAACAUCGUGGCCUUCUGCCGGGAGAACAGCGUGAACUUCGUGGAUGACAGCUUUCCCCCUGGGCCCGCGUCUGUGGGCUUCCCUGCGGGCGACAGUGUCCAGCAGCGUGUGAGACAGUGGCUGCGGCCCCACGAGAUCAACUGCUCCGUCUUCAGGGACCACAGUAUCUCGUGGUCCGUGUUCCACACACUCCGGCCCUCGGACAUCCUGCAGGGGCUGCUGGGGAACUGCUGGUUCCUGAGUGCGCUGGCGGUGCUGGCCGAGCGGCCCGACCUGGUGGAGCGGGUGAUGGUCACGCGCAGCCUGUGCGCUGAGGGCGCCUACCAGGUGCGGCUCUGCAAGGACGGCACGUGGACGACGGUGCUGGUGGAUGACAUGCUGCCCUGUGACGAGGCCGGCUUCCUCCUCUUCUCGCAGGCUCAGCGGAAGCAGCUGUGGGUGGCCCUCAUCGAGAAGGCGCUGGCCAAGCUGCACGGCUCCUACUUUGCCCUCCAGGCAGGGCGCGCCAUCGAAGGCCUGGCCACGCUCACCGGCGCCCCCUGUGAGAGCCUGGCGCUGCAGGUCAGCUCCACUAACCCCCGCGAGGAGCCUGUUGACACUGACCUCAUCUGGGCCAAAAUGCUGAGUUCUAAGGAGGCUGGGUUCCUCAUGGGCGCCUCCUGUGGGGGGGGCAACAUGAAGGUGGAUGAUGCUGUCUACGAGAGCCUGGGCCUGCGCCCUCGCCACGCCUACUCCGUCCUGGAUGUCCGUGAUGUCCAAGGCUCCAGGCUGCUGCGCCUCCGGAACCCGUGGGGCCGCUUCUCCUGGAAUGGUAGCUGGUCGGACGAGUGGCCACACUGGCCGGGGCAUCUCCGCGGUGAGCUCAUGCCGCAUGGCAGCAGCGAAGGCGUCUUCUGGAUGGAGUACAGCGACUUCAUCAGGUACUUCGACUCCGUGGACAUCUGCAAGGUGCACUCGGACUGGCAGGAGGCGCGUGUGCAGGGCUGCUUCCCCAGCUCGGCCAGCGGGCCCGUGGGGGUCACGGCGCUCACGGUGCUGGAGCGCGUGUCCCUGGAGUUCGCGCUCUUCCAGGAGGGCGGCAGGCGCACGGAUGCUGUGGACAGCCACCUGCUGGACCUGUGCGUGCUGGUGUUCCGCGCGUCCUUCGGUAGCGGCGGCCGCCUGAGCCUGGGCCGCCUGCUGGCGCACAGCAAGCGCGCCGUCAAGAAGUUCGUCAACUGCGACGUGAUGCUGGAGCCCGGCGAGUACGCCGUGGUGUGCUGUGCCUUCAACCACUGGAGCCCCUCCGCGCCCGGACCCUCGGCUGGCGCGCACGCCUCCAGCCCCGCUGCGGGUGUCCCGCGCUGCGCCCCGGAGCCACCUGGCCACGUGCUGGCCGUGUACAGCUCGAGGCUGGUCAUGGUGGAGCCGGUGGAGGCCCAGCCGACCACACUGGCGGACGCCAUCAUCCUGCUCACCGAGAGCCGGGGCGAGCGGCACGAGGGCCGCGAGGGCAUGACCUGCUACUACCUGACGCACGGCUGGGCGGGGCUGAUCGUGGUGGUGGAGAACCGGCACCCCAAGUCCUACCUGCACGUGCAGUGCGAUUGCUCCGACAGCUUCAACGUGGUGUCCACGCGCGGCAGUCUGCGCACCCACGACAGCGUGCCGCCCCUGCACAGGCAGGUCCUGGUGAUCCUGUCCCAGCUGGAGGGCAACGCCGGCUUCUCCAUCACCCACCGCCUGGCGCACCGCAAGGCGGCCCAGGCCUUCCUCAGCGACUGGACAGCCUCCAGGGGCGCCCACAGCCCCCCACUCACGCCCGAGGUCGCUGGCCUGCAUGGGCCCCGGCCUCUGUGACAGCCCUGCCUUCACCCGCCCGCUCCCCACCGCACUUUACAAGGGAGACCCCAGCAGAGGACGCUUGAACCAGAAUCUCAGGACCCCACCCAGGGAGCUGCCAGCCUCGGGGUGCACCUUCCCCUGAGCCUUCCUUCCUGUCCCAGGCCUCCCGGCCACCUAGCAAAAUACCUCGAAUCCACCUCUAGUGCACAGGGGCGCUUCUCUGACCAGCCCACCUCGAGGUCAUGUUCAGACCACCAGUGCCGAGGUGAGGCUGCCUUUCCCAGUGGGCCUGGGGCCUCCUGUCUGGAUGAGGCAGUCAAGAGCUCCGUUCACGAAACCAAAUCUGGGCGGGUGAAAGGCCAGGACAUCAGGGUGAGAGCAGGAAUCAUCCCCUCUGUGGGGGUCAGGCUAGGACCUUGGGGUGAAUGGGGACCACCCCCGUCUGUGGGGGUCAGGCUAGGACCCCAGGUGAGCGGGGACCACCUC